GCCUGGGUUCCUCGUUCGCGAAAGGCGAAAGCGCUCGCUGGCAGAAUGUGGCGUAACCGCUGAACAAAACGGUCGUGGAUGCUCGCGCGGCAGCGUUAGUGGUUCAUUCUAAGUGGCGGUGAUAGCCUUCUCUUGAGGUGAAAUAUCGCUCUUUUAUUGGAUUACUCUUCAGUCUUGGUGAUCGACAUGGUUAACUAAAGGAGGAUGUGGCGGUAUUGUGGAAUAGUUCUUGUUCUGUCUUUUGCUGCAACCACAAACAGACAGUUGCCUGGCCCACCCCGUAACGUCCGUAUCACAAAAUGCGGAGAGCGGCGUGCGAGACUGCAAUGGAACCAUCCAAAGAAACCAGGACACCUCCUCAUGAUCUACAGAAUACAGUACAGCACGUCCGUCAACCCUGCGGAAUGGUAUGAUGCUCAGACAGUAGGCGGAACGCAGACUAAGGCAUCUAUUCAGCUGCCUGGGAAUGCGGAUGUUCGUCUCCGCGUGUCAGCGCACAAUGCGGUAGGGUGGAGCCUCCCGGGAAUGACGGAGUCCACGUGUAGUGUCCCGCCCGUGCGGCCUGAUCGCAACCCCAAAGAUCCGGUCGGGAGAGGAACCUCGGAAAGAAAUAUGGUCAUAUCAUGGGAGUCGAUGCCACCAGUGGACCACAACGGCCCAGGAUUCAAAUACGUAGUAAAAUGGCGGCGACAUUCUAAUCACGAAAAAUGGCAAUCGGCGGAGGUUCAAUAUCCCUUGAACAGUUACAUCGUGAGCGGCUUAAAGACUUAUACAAAAUACGACAUCAUCGUCCAGGCGUAUAACGCCAUCGGGCCCGCUGUCAUCGUACCUGAUAAAUACAUAGGAUUCUCAGGAGAAGGAGUCCCUUUAGAAAAUCCAACAAAGUUCCGACUCGAGCCGAAUGUGAACGAGGACGCGGUGGAUUAUAAACUAGUGCGAUUCUUUUGGCUCUCAGUGGCCGAAUCACCUGCAACGAUACUUGGAGAGUUCAAAGGCUAUCGGAUAAUGCUAGAAGAUUUAGACAACAAAAAGCUCCGCCAGGUGGACAUCCUCAUGUCACGAAACAGGGAGUUCACUUCCAACCCGUCCGCCGUGGCAGCAGUCGCCAGAGAUCUCAUCCCAAACACAUCCUAUAAGGCAUACGUAUCAGUGUUGAACAACAGACAUUCGGGUCCGCCUAGUAAUAAUAUAUUCUUUAAAACAGCAGAAGGGGUCCCCGGGCCAGUGGAAAGAUUAGAUGCUCUACAAAUGAGCAAUACGUCACUAAAACUUGUGUGGCGACCUCCGAAAACCAAAAAUAGUGUAGUGACGGGCUACCAAUAUGUAUAUAGAAUAUUUGAGGGUAAAAUGUCUCUUGGCCCUCGGAUAACGGGGCCAGUGCUACCAGCAUCGACAUAUCGAACUACCUUGAUACGACUGCAGUCUGGUAGUGCCUACAGGAUAUACGUUUAUGCCUUAUCUGACGGUGGCCGCGGCGACCCAGCAGUUAAAGAAGUGACUUUAAAAGUUCUUAAACCAGCCAAAAGGAAAUACACCCAGCCAAAGCCGAGUACACCAAAUCCUAAACUGACAAUUUUAGAAACAAACGUCAAUAAUUCCCUUGGUGGAAUUUGUGCAGCGUGAUACGGUAUGGAUGGAGAACUUUCAUUGUUGGAUGUGUCAUUAUAUAGUGAAUUCUGACGAGAUUGGUCGAUCACAGUGCAUGCAAUUUUGGACGACGUGGCGAAGUAUAUCAGUCGCCUCGGCCAAUCUUACAACGGAAUUUCAUCAUCUCGCAUGGUCAACUCCCUACAGAGCAGGUUCUCCUUUUGUUGGAUUAAUGUAAGAGACGAUGCGAUAUUCGGUCAUUUCUCAGUAGAGCAAUCAAGAUAUCACUGUACACUGUGAUAAAUGAACAUGUAAUGUUAUGUACCCAUGUAAUUUUAUCACAGUGCAGAUCGUCAUGCACUUGCGAAUAUAGGUCAAACACUAUGUGGACUUAUUCCAUUCACCAUAUGGACCUAGGAUGCAAUACGCGGUCUCAGUGCAUCAUGAAAACAGGGAAUGCCCUGUGUGUUAACCAACAUGACCAUCAGGUGCAAAGAUCAGCUGUGCCUCAUAAUUCAGUCCACAUGGAGUAGGCGUGCCGUUUUCCUCUUCGGUUUGUAUUGAGAUGGAAGACUAUCAAAGUCGUAGUGUAUUUUCCGUCAUACGUACGUGAUUCGGAAUCAGCCACGGUUGGUAAAGGUAUAGGUUUUCCUCAGUAACAAAAUAGAGGCAAGGCCCUCCUAUCACAGUCUUGGAGGAGUAUAAAUGGAAUUAAAUUAAGACGUACGGGCAUUUUACCCCCCUCAAAAUGAAUUUCUAGUUUUUUUUGUCUAUUUCUUUUAAUGUUACGUCGUUUCUUUUCUAGGUAAAUAGGUAUAGCGUUAACAAGGCAAAUCUAUACCUUUACCAAUCGUGUCAACCAAAUGCAUUUGUCUGUACAUAUUAAGAUAAGUCCUGUGCCUUCUCUUUGUGCGGCCAUACUUAUAUAAAAAUUCCAUAGCUUCAAUGUCCGUGGCUGAUAGAUAUAGUUCUUUAAUAAAGUCAUCAGCGUGAACUAUCAUGCAGCUAUGUUGCGCGGAUCAAAAAGCGUUGUUCCAUGUCCGAAAAAUUUUCACGUUCCUUUUUGAAUCUUUUCUCGGUCACAACAGACUGGCUGAUUUUAAUUACCUCAGUGAAAACCGGCGCCAUUUCUGUUGUGUGGUGGGAGAGCUGGCCUACUUUGACACUGGUGCUUUUUCAAAUCCGUGAAACUUCACCAAGUGCAUCUUUGUGACGGACGAGAAAAGAACAUUACCACUAACGAACAGUACGUUAAGAAAUUGUAUGAUGACAUGCUGAUUGGUAAACGGCCAUUCUAGUGUGGAGUUUGCUUGGUGUAUCUGACUUUUUACAUGAAAUAUACAAUGUCUUUGUUGGUCCCUUUGCACUAAAUGUAAGAUUUUAAUGGCACGUGUACAGCUUUAACAACUGUAAAUAUUCAAUCACUCACUGUAUGUAAUUAUUGAAAAAUAAAUAAAUUUAUCUAUUUUACACUUGUUGUCAUAAUUUCGAUUUAGACGAUAAUCUGUCUGGUGCUAUCGAAACUUUUCUGAGUACAAGAUACUAGCUCCUAAAAUCACGCAUGACACAUGGUUCUUUAGGUUCAAUUAUAGUUACUACGUAAUAAGCCAUCCACAUGUCAUUUUCUUCAACCUGGGCAGUAAACAACAAGUGGACAAUGCCAUCAUGAAAUAUGAAGGGUAGAUAUUUCAUAGCUCACCUAUUAAUGCACAUUAAUGCAUGACUUCACCUAAAAGUCUUGCAACACGGCAAAGGACAUACUCUCUAUGGUAUUCACGGUGACAAGGUGCCAUAUUCUGCUGAGCAACGAUUUUUUGUUGUGAUUUCAUUUUUUUCAAAUAACCGGAGUCUAAUUCAAACACUGAGAGCACUUUCUAGAGGAUACAUAAACCCAUUUAAAGCCAAAUGGUCCGGAAUUAUUUCAACAACUUCCAUACGGAACAGUACCAACUUCAGGGAAAAGCUGAACUCAACCUCCCAUGCCGUCUUGUCCAGAAUGCGACGUUGCAUUGCAAUCGGAGGUUGCCGGGUUGAAAGCUAUCGAUUUUAAACUGUGAGUU